AUGUCAAAUCCUCCGCCAGAAGCUAACAACGCCGCCGUAAUCAACAUCCCUACCCACACCUGCCGUCGCUCUUUCAGAUUCCAGAACUUGCCCGGUGCAAAGCCGAUUCCACUGGCACUCUCCAUCUCCGUUGGACUCAUCGUCUGCUUCGCCAUCCCAAAACCCAGUCAGGUUACAACACAAGCGUGGCGACUGUUUGCCAUCUUCCUCACCACCAUCGCGGGACUCAUCCUCGGACCUUUGCCCGUCGGUGCUUGGGCUUUCGUGUGUCUAACGAUCUCCGUCGUGACAAAGACGCUUCCGUUCAAAUCUGCCUUCGCUGCCUUCACGAACGAAGUGAUAUGGUUGAUAGUUGCGUCGUUCUUCUUCAGCAGAGGGUUUGUGAAAUCCGGACUGGGUGAUCGGAUGGCAAUGUACUUUGUGAGGUGGUUAGGCAAGAGCACGUUGGGUUUGGCCUACGGUUUGGCGAUUUGCGAAGCUAUAAUUUCGCCGGCGAUGCCUAGUACCACUGCCAGGGCCGGUGGGAUCUUCUUGCCGAUUAUUAAUUCCUUGGCGAUCGCCGGUGAGAGUAGGCCUAAGGACGGCUCCGCUCGGAGACUUGGUGCUUUCCUCGUUCAAUCUCAAUUUCAGUCAUCUAGUAGCUCGAGCGCUCUUUUCUUGACGGCUGCAGCUCAGAACAUGUUAUGUAUAAAACUAGCUGACAGUUUAGGGGUGAAAAUCAAAGACCCAUGGAUAACAUGGUUCAAAGGUUCUUGUUUACCAGCCUUGGUUUCUCUUAUGUUAACUCCACUCAUCAUCUACAAGAUCUUUCCACCGGAGACCAAGCAUACACCUAAUGCUCCUAUCUUGGCUCAAACCAAGCUUGAACAAAUGGGUCCGGUUAAAAGGGACGAAUGGAUCAUGUUAGGAACCAUGCUCGUAACUGUUGCGUUAUGGAUUUCCGGAGAGAAUCUUGGCAUUUCAAGUGUCGUUGCAGCAAUGCUAGGUUUAUCGAUCCUUUUAAUCCUCGGGGUCCUCACAUGGGACGAUUGCCUAUGUGAAAAAUCAGCAUGGGACACAUUGGCUUGGUUUGGGGUGCUCAUUGGCAUGGCAACUCAACUCACCGACUUAGGAGUCGUGCCCUGGAUGUCAACUUGUGUGGCCAACUUUCUGAAAUCUCUUUCAGUUGGAUGGCAUCUUGCACUUCUUCUCCUUCAAGCUGUUUAUUUCUUCAUUCAUUAUCUAUUUGCCGGUCAAACAGCUCAUGUUGGUGCAUUGUACUCCGCAUUCCUUUCAAUGCAUCUAACUGCUAAAGUCCCCGGAACUCUUUCGGCAUUGACUUUGGCAUACAAUACAAAUCUUUUUGGUGCACUCACACAUUAUAGUAGUGGUCAGGCUGCUGUAUAUUAUGGAGCUGGGUAUGUAAGACUUCCCGAUGUCUUCAAGCUUGGGAUUAUCAUGGCCAUGAUUAACAUAAUGAUAUGGGGACUAAUAGAGGAGUAUUUUGAUGAAGAAAUCAAGAGAAAGGAUGUCCGUCUAAUGGCAACCAUUGGUGUGCCAUUCACUGAAGAAUUAUCCAAUAGCUCCAUCACCUUUGAAGCUGACGUUUCUAAAGCUAUUAGGGAUUCCGUGGACCAGAGUUAG